CCAAAAGUUCUUUGGUGAUAACUGCAAGGGAUGUGAAUGGUCUAAUUCCCGAAAUGAGUUCACCGCGGCGAUUGCAGGCGCGUGCGCGCGUAAAUCCCUCGUCGGAGACUUCUCGAUCGGAUGUGCAAUCGGAAAGUCUCGAAUCAUCUCUACUCCGGCUCGUCAAUGAUCAUCAGAACUCCGCUAUACGACUCCGAGAACACACAGAGAAAUCGAAGAAAAAAGCGAUCAAGAGCGCGUCUCGCGUAUCAGAUCUGUUAGUGGAGGCUGUUAAUGGAGGCGUGGAAGAGUGUUUCGUGAACGAGAAGCGAAUCGAAGUCGAAAUCCGAGCAUUGAAGACCACCAUUAAGCGAUUUGCAAAACAGACUGAUCAGUGGCUUGCUUCUACUCAUGCUAUCAACAACGCUAUCAAGGAAAUAGGAGAUUUUGAGAACUGGAUGAAGACAAUGGAAUUAGAUUGUAAAAGCAUUGCUGCUGCUAUCUCCAACAUUCACCAGUCCUAAAUAGCAUGGUAAACUCAUGACACCAACUACUUGCCUUUUACAUUUAUGAUUUAUCUUCUCAUCAUGAUAGAAGUACAAGUAUUCAUAGUAUGUAAAUGAUGUAAAUAAAUGAAAUUAUACCUUUUCAAUUUCUUGGCUAUCAUACCAUAUUUUUAAGGGAACGUUGCAAAAAAAUAGCAAUGUACUUUUUAUUUUA